CCCCCAUUUACCAAAAUGAAUUUGGAUAUUCUGAUGUCAGUCUAUGGCUUUCCUUAUGUGCUUAUUUGUUUUGUUCAUUUAGCAGAUCCCAGUGCUCCCAAUGUUCAGGUGACACGGCUAACUCUCAUGUGCGAGACUGCUCCUGCCCCGCUGACCCUUGACCUGCAAGGUGAUCUGGAGUCCUUUAAGAAGCAGUCGUUUGUGCUGAAGGAGGGAGUGGAGUACAGGAUAAAGAUCAGCUUCAAGGUAAACAAAGAGAUCGUCUCGGGGUUGAAGUACGUACAGCAGACCUUUAGGAAAGGGAUCAAGAUUGACAAGUCUGACUACAUGGUGGGCAGCUAUGGGCCUCGGCCGAAUGAAUACGAAUUCCUGACACCCUUGGAGGAGGCACCCAAAGGCAUGCUGGCCCGCGGCACUUACAACAUUAAAUCCAAGUUCACUGACGACGACAAGCACGACCACCUGUCCUGGGAAUGGAACCUGAACAUCAAGAAGGACUGGAAAGAUUGAGCUGUUUCCAAACCCCCAUUUUCCUUCUUGCCAUCCUCCUACUUCUUCCCUCCCUCCCUUUCUUCCUCUCGAACCUCCUCCAGUUCCCUCCAUCAUCAACAUCGUCAUAAUCUUGGAUUAACUGCUUAACCGGUUUAAAGGAAAAGGAUCUUUCUCACUCCGUCCAUUUUCCUACAGUUUUCUUCCCUCCCUCCAUAUUCCUAUCCCUUUCCCUCCCAGUGAGUAUUGAGGCUUUUCAUGAAAU